CUGAUGAUUGCUAUGCCGCUUGCCACUCGCGCAGACACUUGAGGUUACGUGAGGUUGCUGCCUCUCAGACACAAGCACGAUGGACUUGAUCGAGAGAAGCCGAUGCGGUGUAUUGGGAUGCUGUCGACAGCGAGCUAUCAGUCGGACUGAGGCCGGCAUACCAGGCGACGUUUCUGCCGACCGGAAUGGCCCGCGAAUCCAGCGACAUUAUCGUCGAUGCACCAAGAAUGUGACAGCCAGUCUCGAGAGCGAACUGAGGCGGGAGCUGGCUCUGCGUCGAAGAUGGGGGAUUCGAUUCCGGGUUACGACUGGGAUGGCAAAGCACUCGUAUGAGUGACGGAGCAGGCGGAGGUGUCGGAUCCAGGAAAUGGGAGAGCGACGCACACCGUCAUUGGGACUGCUUCAGCCCCGACAUCAUCGACAGAGUCGCUUCAAAGUCAUCCUCCAUCUUGUCAAAGGCCUCGAGUUUGCGCUGCUUCUCCUGCAGACGGUCGUUGGCGUUCAGGGCCGAUUUCUUGGACGACAGGAGAGAAAGAACGUCGUGGACCGAUUCGUCCAGCUGCUCCUUCAGCAGAGCAUCUCUGGCCCGCAGCGACUGGGACGAGACGGCCUUCUUGACCGCCUGCGCCGCAGCCUUGGACGAGGCGGGUUUGGAUAUGGCUGCAUCCUUCUUGGACGAGCUGGCUCUGGCGGCCGGCGGGGGCUUGGUCGGGGCCUUCUUCUUGGCCAUGCUGGUUGUGGGUAUGGGCGGUCGCAGUGGGUUGCUGCCUGAUGUUGGUGGUGGCUCGCCGGUGCUGGGGUCAGAUCAGCUUCCCUGGUCGCGGCAGACAGAGUUGCCAACAGCCAGCACAGUUCAAAGGGCGGAGAAGAAAAAAAGCUUUGUCCAGGAGACGGAUCUGAUUGGCCUGGCUGCCGUUCCAGAUUCGCUCCCAGGCAGAAACAAAACAUCAUGCUAAGCGGCCAUGCUUCGGGCCGGUGUGGUUGCGACGGCGCUCGCGCAGUGAGCCAGGAACAUAUCCAUCCGCCGUCGACAGUGGCCAUCAAGGUGUGCUUGUGCUUGUGCUGCAGAUGAUGCUGUUGGCGCAAAGCGAUCCAGCAUCGAUUUGAUGCACCGCGAUCCAGCAUCGCAGCAUCAACACAGCCGGGGGCAUGAUCUCGGUGUGCAAGUCUAUUCUCCAUGGACAUGCGAUAUCUACGGACAUCCCAGCCAUGGCCGCCGCCGUAUCGACCGAGCCAGGCCCGCAAACCACAUGCUUGCCCGUGCAGCGGGUGAACGGAGCGAUAGCCGCAAUCACGCUCGUCGGCCCGAUCAUUCGCGAUCAAUGCCUUGC